UAUAUGACUAUAUGAGGGCUUGGAAAAUUUGGUGGGAAAUUUUCAUGUUUUUAAAAUUAGUAGGUGGUAAAAUAAAUUAAAAAAAAAAAAGAAAAAAAAUUGUAGCUGGUUAUUAAACAACCCCCUUACUAAAACGAUAACAACUGUAGACGGUUAUUAAAAAAAAUAAAAAUAAAAAUAAAAAUAAGAAUUUGUAAACUAACCCCAGCAUGAUCAUCCCUCAGUCAUUAUUCAUAACAACCCUAUGGACACAAUUGCAACAAGAGUAUCACUCUUCUCCCAUCUCACUUCUUCACCUCUCUCUCUUCCCUCCAAAUUUCCAAGAACCCUAGUUUCAAUUCCAACCCCAAUUCCAAUUUCACUCACUAACACACUCAAUCAAAGAAGAAACUACACAUUUCCAUCAAUUUCAAAACUGGGUAGUUCCCAGAAAAAUAACACUGAAAUCUUCGAUGAGGCGGCAUUCGAAGCGAAUCGCCUCACCCUUGAUGCUAAAGCUCGAGAAUCAAUGGCGGAAGCCUCUGAAAAAGAAAUGAAUGAGAGUGAAGAUGAUGACCCAAAAGCUUGGAAAUGGAAGAUUAGAAAAAGGGUUUGGGAUUUAAUGGAAGCUCAGAACAUUGCUCAAUUUCCUCGACCUGUUCAUCAUCGUAUUCCCAAUUUUGUUGGUGCUCCACUUGCUGCUAACAAGUUGGGUGAAUUGGAUGUGUUUCUGGGGGCGAAUUGUGUGAAGGUUAACCCGGAUUCUCCACAGAAACAAGUCAGAUUCUUGACGCUUUCUGAGGGGAAGAAGCUUCUGACUCCCCAGCCACGUUUGAGAACCGGGUUCUUUUCUGUUCUUGAGUCUGAAAUGUUGACUUCAAGCAAUAUAAAUGAGGCAUGCACCUCUGUAGGUGUAGCAAAAUAUGGAAGGCCAAUUGGUCUUGAUGAAAAGAUCAAAGUAGACUUAAUUGUCAUUGGUUCAGUUGCUGUUGAUCCGAACACUGGAGCCCGCCUUGGAAAGGGUGAGGGAUUUGCUGAACUUGAAUAUGGAAUGCUGCGUUACAUGAGGGCGAUUGAUGACUCCACCCCUGUCAUUACUACAGUGCAUGAUCAACAACUGGUAGAUGAUAUUCCGGCUGAAAAGCUAUUAAUCCAUGAUGUACCAGUCGACAUCAUUUGCACCCCAACACAGGUCAUAUUCACCAAUACGAAUAUACCUAAACCACAAGGGAUUUACUGGGAGAAACUGUCUCCUGAGAAAUUGGGUCAAAUACGAGUUUUGCGAGAGCUCAAGAAGAGGAUCGAGCAAGAAACUGGGCAAAAGCUUCCGAGUGGUCCAUCCGAGAAGCUACCCCCCACUGCACAGCGAAAGCACACUGCACAGCGAAAGCGCCAAUGAUUUUCUUUCUUUUUCUAGCCCUUUGUAUAUUUGUGUUACAUAUGUAAUUACUGUGAACCCUUGCACAAGCGCUUAUGGUUCCAACAAGACCAUAAAUUAUAAAUAUAUUAUGGCUUGUUUGGAAACCAUCAUUUCAUUUCAAAUGAUGGAUUUGUCCCAAAUAACCUGUUUGGGAAUUAUGAGAAUUUGCAUUUGGAUUUGACUGAAAUUCUAGCCUUCAAUAAUCAAGUUCAGUUUAU